AAUAUCAACUUGUAGAAUAUAUUUUGUUCCACAGGGAACUUUUAUAGUUGUUUUAAUAUUGGAAGUAAAACUUUUAGAAAAAAAUGGCUCCAACAUUAAAAAUUACUUUUAAAAAUCCAGAAGAAAAUCGUCAUGCCGGUGAUAUUCAGUGUUUAUUAUGUCAUAAUGGGAAAGUUUACAGUGGAGGUGAAGAUGGUAUUAUUAAGGUUUGGAACGGUGCUGAUUUAAAAUAUAUUGCUGAAUUCCAAGCACAUCCAGCAGGUGUAUAUGCUUUAGCGGCCAUUGGUAAUGAUUUGUACUCAUCGGGUAAUGAUUCCAAAAUUAAAGUAUGGGAUAUUAAUACAAAUGCAUUAAAAUCCACAAUGCACAGUGGAGAAGCUGAUGUUAUAUCAAUGUAUGUCGAUGGAAAUAAAUUGUAUGCUGGGGAUGAGAAAGGAUUUAUUGGAAUUUACCAAAAUAACCAAUUAAUUAAUCAUUUAAAUGUGGUUGAAGAAGUUAAAGGUCUUGUUGCAACUGGAAAUUUAGUUUACUCUGUAAGAAAUUUAGAUGUAACCGCCACAGAACUUCUUGCAAGUGGAGAUGGAAAAUUCACAAUCAAGACCUCUAUUGAAGGACGUGCCCCAUUAGCUCUAGUUGGUGGUCGGUUAUGUGCGUGCACACGUGACGGAAAAAAUGUUACCGUUCAUCACAUCAAAGAGGGCGGUCAAUUACAAUUAUUCUGUACAAUCACAGGAUCAGAUUUAAUUUUAACUUCACUAGCAUCUAUUCAAUUGGGCGGUGAAUCUAUUUUAUUCAGUGGCGGUUUUGAUAAGAUUAUUAAGAGAUGGUCCGUUGGCGGUGAUAAACCGUUACCUGGUGGGUGUGCAAUUGUACCCACUGCAAUUAAUGCUAUUUGUGUGGGACCACAAGGGCAAGCAUAUACUGGCGGUGCCUCUGGUCUUAUUUGUCGUUUAGAUUUGGUUUAAUAACUUUUAAACAUUUUUUGCAGGAACUAACAAAAAUUAUUUU